GGUUGCGCGCUGGGGGAUCCGACGACGUCACACGCGCACGCACGCACGCAAAAAACGCGCACACGCACGCACACGCACGCACACGCACGCAGGCAGGCAGGCAGGCAGGCAGGCAGGCACGCACAGUAUCUAUCUGUCACUCCCUCUCGCCGCUGCUUCUAUUCUGGGAAGCGGCGCUCGGAAUAACCCCGCGUGAGCGUGCGCGCGCCUCCGGAUUUCACCCCGACACACGCACACGCUCGCAUUCGCCGUGUGGCUGACUGCGGCGGCGGAGCUCCGGCAACCGGGAAUCCGCUUGGGAAGGAUUUGACGCGCAACUUUUCCUCCCCGAGGCGUGCGGCUCUCGCCUGGAUUCCUCGCCGCCGCCGCCUUCCGUCCUUCCGUCCGUUCGUUCGUCCCCCGGAGCAAGCGAACCGAGAGGUGUCAAGCCCCGAACGGAGCCCGGUCGGACUUGCUAUCACCGCGGCGGCUUGUUGUCAUACCACGUUCCGGCAGGGGGGCUGUCUGGCGGGACCAAGUGAGCACGUGUACACCAGCAGGUGUGAGCGAGUGUUUAAGACACAGACGUGGAGCCUUUUUGAAAAAUCAGUCACGGAAGGGUCUGCCUUCAAAUGAACUAACUGGACGCAAAAUGAAAGCGACAAAAUGGGAAGAGAUGUCUGAUGUGUUCUUCUAAAGUUCCCACUUUUUAUUCACACUUCCUUCUCAACUUUUCUGCAAUGGCCACCAUCAAAUGUUGGGUUAACAUGGCCAACAACGUUGGGAUUCAGUAAGCCUCCAGGAGCUGUGUGCCCGUCGCCCUUCUCCUGCCUCCUUCCUGCUUCUCACAAAUGGAAGCUCGCGAAUCUGCUGCCGGUGGCGGCGGCAGGCAGCAGUGCCCAAAUAAGGACGGGGCCAAGGAGAAGACACCUCUGCAAAGGAAGUGGGUGUCCGAGCCCUCCGCCACCGCCAAGCGAAGCACUUUUGCUGAUCCGGCAGCAAGACACCGUGAGAGUUUGCUGUGUGUUGCCAAUGUGGGAUCAGCACCCCAACACAACUACACCAUCACCGGGAAUUCUGGGAAGAUGCUAUCUGGACCUUCGGCUGUUGGGGCAAUAGGAGGCCCGCCACCAUCUCAAGACCCCCUUGGGCCUUUUGCUCAGGGCUUUCCGGGGGGGUAUUCCUAUCAGCUGGGCCAACCGUACCCUCAGCAUCCACAGACUGAACGCUUCCACUCGGGAGCCAAACCUCAGCCAGGACUCGAGGCACAUGCCUGGCCCUUUGCCGGACAGUUGCCAUCAGACGAACUGUAUCCCGUGGGACACCCGGGACACACUCACCCCCAUGGAGCCGGAGCGGGGGUAGGGAGGUUCCCCCGGCAAAAAUCUCCCAGUUUACCAAGCUCCUUUGGAUCGUAUUCCCAGAUGGGCCCUGAUCCAGGAGAUGAGGGCUACGGCAAAAAGGAGCAAAAACCAAAAAAGCCUGGAAAGUACAUUUGUUACUACUGUGGCCGAGCCUGCGCCAAGCCCAGCGUCCUGAAGAAGCACAUCCGCUCCCACACCGGAGAGAGGCCUUACCCUUGUGUCCCCUGCGGUUUUUCCUUCAAAACUAAGAGCAACCUUUACAAGCAUCGCAAGUCCCAUGCUCACGCGAUCAAGGCCGGACUAGUUCCCUUUUCAGACCUGGCCGUUUCCCGUGGUGGCGACAUGGAGCAUGCGUCCCUCGGGGGAGAGGCAGAUGUCCAAUCUGAUGGCGAGCAAAGCACCGACACGGAUGAGGAAGGAGUGGAAGGAGCCACCAUUCUGACAGACAAAGAUGGAUCCAUCACGCAUAUCUCCUUUGAAGCUGACAAGAGUCCAGGUGGUGCAGAACCAGCAUAUGCAGACUCGGCUGAAGAUCUGCCCACGGGCUCCAUCAAAGUGCCUAUCUUGAUUGUUCCCAAGUCCAGAGGGAUCGAGUGUCCGCCCUUUCAGGACAUAAAAGGUUCCCACCACAUGAUGACGUCACUGGCCGGGAGAAAAGGGCGUUCACUGGACGACACCGCUUCGGUCAAACCACGUUUGGCUCUGAGACUGAACGACAAGAAAGGCCUGGAUUCGGAUUGUGCCGCAACGCAGUCGCUGAACCUCCUCAGUCCUCACAGCAAAGGCAGCACAGACUCUGGCUACUUUUCACGUUCUGAGAGUGCAGAGCAGCAGAUCAGCCCUCCAAAUACGAACGUUAAAACGUAUGAGGAGAUCAUGUUUGGUCGGACCUGGUACUACCGACCCAACUCCAGAUCCCGGCAAUUUGUCACAGUAGCAAAGAUCUCUAAGGAUCAUAUCUGUUUACGGGGGGAUGUAGGAAUGUCCAGAGAUCCCAAACUGUAUCCAACCGGACCCAGUCAGAGCAGUACAGGACUUCUGGAGCCUCCGUCAGAUUCAGGGCCUCUUAUCAGGAGCAACUCCAUGCCAACAUCUUCUCCCCCAAACCUCAGUGUACCCCCAGGGAUCCGGGGCAGCCAUUCCUUUGACGAGAUGAUGACAUCGGAUGAUGUUUUUUACCAGCCGGGACUUCGUCGACUUCAAAGACAGGCGGCUAUUGAACUUUUAGCCCAUGAAGCCCACACAGGAGACACUGAGGGCUCUGUACACAUGCACAAGAAUUUCACUUCAUCACUUGGUAAGAAGCUCAGCGAACGCAGUCCAGGAGCCGCAGAGUCCAUUAACAUUAGCUCGUAUGGUACUAAAGUUAGCAUGUCUGAAAUAGCCACUAGAAAAAGGAGGAAGGAGAAGAGUGUUGGGGAUGAGGAGGACAGUCCUGAUCACUGUGACAGCACCUGCAGUGGUUCAAUUGACAUGGCAGGAGAUUAUGUUAGUUUUGAAGGGUCCAGGGGCACCCCGACAGGGAAGGGCUCGCUUCAGAGUGCUCACAGUCAAUCAGACAGCUUUGAUACCUGUCCAAGCAUGUGCUCCGAGGACAUAGCUCUGUUUACCGACUCAGAAUGCAGGAAGGCAGCCGGAAACGUCAUAUCAGUCAUCCAGCACACCAACUCCCUCAGCCGGCCAAAUUCCUUCGAGAAAGCUGAAUCCUUUGAGCAGUCGGGAUAUCAUCCUUCAGCCCCGUCCAGCCAAUACUCGGAACAGUCAGACUCUGAUAUCUUUGAAGAUGCCUUGAGUCCAGAGUCAGCCCUGCUGAGAACUGAGAGUAUGGAUCAGCAGCUGCAGAGCGAUAGUGACCUGGCCUCCCUCUCAUCUUCAUCAGCAGCAGCUUCACCUGGACAGCCAUACCACAUCCCACACAAACUUGUCCGCCAGCCCAAUAUCCAAGUUCCAGAGAUCAGGGUGACGGAUGAAAAAGACACAGAAGCGCCAAUGGCCAAGGAAGUGGAGAAGCAGCCGCCACAUGCAGAGGAGUUCCAGCUGCCACAGAGGAGUGACACACUCUCCCAGAUGCCGUCAGAGAAGCUGCCACCCAAGAAGAAGAGGCUGCGCCUUGCAGACAUGGAGCACUCAUCUGGAGAGUCCAGUUUUGAGUCCACUUGCACCAGCCUGUCUCAUAGUCCGAGUCAGGAGAGCAAUCUGUCGCACUCCUCUUCCUUCUCCAUGUCCUUUGACAGAGACGAAGGCCUCAAGACGGUAUCACCCACCAAACAGGAGGACCCAGCCUCUGGUGGAGGAACUAGACCAUCUGAGUUCCUGACGGUACCCGGCAGUGGUCAUUCCAGCCACCAGCAACAGAGGGAGAUGAGGAGGUCCUCGUCGGAACAAGCUCCAUACACGCUGCCCUCAGAGGUGACGGAAAUGCGGAGCAAGUCCUUCGACUAUGGCAGCUUGUCAUCAUCCAGACAGGGAGAGCUCUACGCCAGCGCCUCCGCCAUGAAAGAGCGCCGCCGUGGAUUUCUUGUCCGACAGGCCUCCUUGAGUGUGUAUCCAGAGGCAGUUGCCCAGGAACCAGGAGGAUCUGAGAUGUCAAUCAAACAGGAGAGUGUGGAGCAAGGGGUGUGGCUUGGCCUGACAGGACCCCCAAAUAGAACCAGCAAUGUAGUGAGCAGAACCCAAAGAGUUGGCAAGACUGUUGGCAUUGUAGGAGCUCACCAGCAACAUGUCCUCCAGCAGAGUAUCAGUGAAGACAGUCUGCAGGACGAGCCUCACUACGGAAGGACUCUGCAGCAUCGCCUCCAGACCCAGGGCUCAUCAUCUCAGGGAGAACACCCAGGCCAUGAGGUCCUAAACAGGGAAGUCGGCCAACAGGAUCCGAUUGCCCCUCCAUUCCUCUCUUACCAGCAGUCUGCUCUGUUCUGGAGUCAGGAGGUCAGUCAGGCUUCUAGACAACGACUGACGCACCAGGCCCAUCAGCAACUCCAGAAGCUCCAGAUCCUAUCCCCGAAUAGUUUGUCUGGACACACGGCACUUCACAAACAGCUGAUCCAAGAUCAGCCGCCACGCGAUGGAAAAUCAGACACUUCAAGUACUCUGAUGAACCCUGCUGUAUUCCAAGAGCAAAAUCUCGCCCCUCUCUCAUCUAAACCAACAUCCAGCAUCACAGCUGUGCAGCUGCAGCAGAUCCAACCUAUCUUUGCCACCCAGAACCUGGGCUCCCACACCUCUCUGCCUAUGAUGGUUCCUGUGCGUAUCCAAACCCCCGUGCCAUCGUACAGUAGCGUGAUGUAUACCAGCGUUAGCCAGCUGGUAGCUCACAGUCAGAGGAGCGGCUUAGUCGGACAAAGCAGAGCCAACAUCAACAACAUGUCCUCACCGGAUGGCACUGUGAGAGGAGGAAUUCCAAGUGGAGAACGAUUCAACCUAUCGCACUUCCUGGGACAGACGGAUGGAACGCUGUUGCGCUCCCCACACUGGAAGUCUUCAGCUUGUGGCCCCAACACGGGAAUUCCUCUGUCGCUCACGUCAGGUACCAUAUCCACCACAGAUGCCUCUGGGUCCGGCAUCGGAGGCAGCAAGAGGAUGCUUUCCCCCGUCAGUUCCUUGGAGUUCUUCAUUGAGACUAAGCAGCAGAAGAUGGUAAAGGAGGAGAGGAUGUUCGGGCAGAUGGUGAAGGAGAUGAGUGCCGUGGAGCUGAGUGGAACUAACGGCAACAUCAAGCUUGAGGAGGGACCCUGUUCAGACGAUUGCGAGAGGAUGUCUUCUUCUCCUCCCCUGGGAGAUUUCCCUGCUCCCAAUAAGAGCGCGAUUCCAGUCCGUUCUUCUGCUCACCACUGGCCCGAUGUCCCCCAGCCGGAGAGCUUCACCCCACCUCUCCAGAUCGUCACUGACUCCUCAACUGUGUUGUGUGGCCGAGAUUCGCCUGAGGAGCUUGAUUUGGACGAGUCCCACUCCAGCCCCCAGUCCAUGAUCUCCUCCAAUGAUGCCGACGAAGCCACCAAGCAGCUCACGGCCAGUCAAGUCCCAGAGAAUGUGCUGGUUCAGUUAGCCGCGCACCAAGGUCCAGGACUUUCCAGAGCACUGGGACAGACUCUGUUACUCGCCGACGUGUCUGACGCCCAACACUUUUUCCAGUUCCCGAGCCUCUGCACCAACAGCAGGGUCAGUUGGUGUUUCCUCAACUACACCAAACCCAACAGCACCCAAGCUGACCCACGGAGCUCCAUCUACAGUUCCUGGUGCAUCAGCUCGUACAAUCCCAACCCUCUGAACCUUAGCACCAAGGCUGCGCUGGCCUUGCUGAGUUCCAAACAGCGGAAGAACACCAACCUCCUGUAUGCCACGGCCGCCAUGGGACCGCCCAGCUCGGGGAAGCUGGUGUCGUCCGUCAGCUGGAAGCUCAGGUUUGAUCAGCUAAAACCAGAGGUGAUGGCAGUUGACAUCAGCCAUUUUGGAAGGAAGAUGAAGGAUGUGGCCUUGUGGGAGCAUCCCAAGGAGGAGCAUGUGGAGAAGGACGUUUCUAUUAAACCGGCCACCACCGAGCCAACUCGCAUCAAGAUCUUCGAAGGCGGGUACAAGUCCAAUGAAGACUACGUGUAUGUGCGUGGGCGCGGUCGGGGGAAGUACAUCUGCGAGGAGUGUGGCAUUCGCUGCAAGAAGCCCAGCAUGCUGAAGAAACACAUACGCACGCACACGGAUGUGCGGCCGUACGUCUGCAAGUUCUGCAACUUUGCCUUUAAGACCAAAGGGAAUCUGACCAAGCACAUGAAGUCAAAAGCUCACCUGAAGAAGUGUCUGGAGUUGGGGGUGUCCACAUCUUCCGUGGAUGACGCCGAGGCAGAUGACGCGGACCUUGGCGAGGAAGCCGGUGCGCGGCGUAAGGCCCUGGCUGAUCAUCAGUUCUCCGACGCUGAUGACUCGGAGGAAGAUGGCGACGAGGUGGACGACGAAGAUGACGAGGACGACGAUUACGACGGCGACUCCACCCCCAGGACGUCAUCCCGCUCGGCCAGCCCUUGUGGCGUGCCCGUCACGGCGGCCGCCUCGCAGCCGUCGCCGCCGCUCUUCAGCUACUUCACCACCGUGCCCAGCAUCCGCAUCACAGCUCAGGCGACCCCCGGCGAGAGGGCCCCGCUCGAGCCGGGGCACCUGCCGGCUUUGCCCUCCAUGGACGAAGACCUCUCCCAAGAUUUCCCCUUGCCGUCUUCCCGCCUCUCCUCUCCUGGGCCGGACUACUCCGGUUGCCCGUCGCCCGUCUCGCCUUCCUUGUCCCCGUCGACCCGCCAGUACCUCUCGCCGCAUCGCGACCACUCGCCCCGCGGCCCGUCGCCUCGGCAGGAUGCGUCUCCUCUGCGCCACCUUUCGCCCAAGCGGGACGUGGGGCUAUGUAGACGCGAGCUGUCCCCCAGGAGGGGCCACCUGUCGCUCCUCGCCCCGCUGUCGCGCCCCACCUCUCCCGGCAAGCGAGAUCUGUCGCCGCGAGGACGCCACAAGGGCAUGAUACGCCCCAACUCUCCUCGACGUGGACUCCAUCAGCACCUCCUCCUGCAGAGUCCACAGGGCGGCUCACGAGGCCUGAGGUCGGUGCACCUCGCCGGGCUGCUGAGUCGGGCAGAAUUCGGCCCUCGAGGACGUCGCAGGACCGCGAGCGCAGAAAUGGGCACGGAAUGUGUUCCAGGUUCCCCAGGGAGGCGAGAGCAGGGUGGUAACCAUGGUAACCACUCCGGUCCACCCCAUCAGGUCUUGUUCAGUCACCUCCCUCUCCAUUCACAACUGCAGGUGCGUUCUCCGUUCCCAAUGAUUCCCAUCGGAGGGAUCCAAAUGGUCCACGCUGUGCCCGCGUCGCUCAGCACUCCUCUCAGCCAGCAGGGGGGGCAGCAGGCCGCACCCCGCCUCCCGCCGCACAAAACUCCGUCGGAGGACCACGAGGCCUCCGCCCAUUUCGGGAGAGGACCAGGAGGUCGGACGCCGUCGGGGUCAGAGGUCGUCGGCAUAAGGGAGCAGGAGGAGAACAUCCAAACGUGCACCAAAGCCAUCGCCUCACUGCGCAUCGACCUCGAGGAAGACGUCGAGAGGAGGCGAGAGGGGCUGGACGGCGAGGGGGGACCUCACUCCGAAGGACAAUGUCGGCGCUCGCCGCCCGUGGCCGCUUCGCCGCCUUCGCCUGCGCCGCCGGGGCCUCAGCACUUUAGCGCCUCCCCGCGUAGCCCCUCUCCCGCGUCCUCACCGUCGCCCCGGUCGACCCCCGCAGACGCCUCGCAAAGCACAAAGACGAGCAAAGACGUGUCGUAGAUGUGCAACUAUACGAAAGCACGACUUUUUGCACAAUAUACAUUUUCUCUUUCAUUCUGGAAUAAUGGACACACACACCAACACACCUACACACACAUGCAUGUACUGUAUACACACACACACACACACAGUUCAUGUUGGGAGACAUUCUUAUUUAAAGACAUGAGAGAGAGAGAGAGAGAGAGAGAGAGAGAAAGAGAGAGAGAGAGAGAGAGAGUGUGUGCGCGCGUUGUGUGCGAUUGGGGGCAGUUUCAAGGCAGUCAAUUGGUACUUUAAUAAUAACAACAAUAAUAAUACUGAACAUAAAAGAAUAGUAAUGGGACACGUGUGCCUUUGCUGGGUGCUUCUGUUCUUUUCAGCAGUCACCUGAUCAACUUUAAGCCCUGCCCCCCCCACCCCCUCUUUUUUUUUUUUGAUUGACACCUUACAGUCUGGACAAGCGAUGUGAAGUGAUGAAUUAUUAUGAUUAUGAUGUACGGUUGCACUAAAACAUAUUUUUAUAGCAGUGAAAAGGCUUUUUUUGUGUACAGCAGCAGCAAUUGAAUAAUACUAUUUAUUAUGAUGAUGAUGAAUAUUGUUACCAUGUUUGAUAAAUUGUGCAUUUUUUAUUUCUUAUUUCUGUGGUGGACACCUUUUUCUAUGUCACGCAUGGUUUUAUUACUUACAUCAGCGAUACAUAAUAUUCAUGACAUAAGGAUGUGUCAACAAUAUUUAGCCUGCAUAUUGAUUAAUACUGUAUAUAAUCUCAACAUUACCAUACAUUUGCAUUGUCCUUUUUGGUCCUUAGCUUCUACAUUUUCUUACUGCUCUUCUUCUUGUGAUAUUUUCACACAGCGUUUUCCUUGCAGCAUUUCAACAUUAACUGAAUUCAACGCCCCCCCCCCCCCCCCCCCCACCAAGUCUAUGUCCUAUAAGCGACUACUACAUCCUAAACAUAUCUCAACUCAUCCUCAAAACCCCCGCUACUGCAUCUACAUCUACUGCAUCUAAAUAAAUAUAUCUUGUAAAUUAGGCUGCGACAAUGAGGCGCUCGAAAGUGGCCAAGCCACUGUCCACAUGCUGGAAAAAAAUCCCCCAUCCUUUCACUUCUGUCUUCUCUCCGUGGCAUGCAUGUACUCAUGUCGGACAAUGAGGCACUAUCCGAGGGGAAGAUGCAUUUUCAGGGUGUAGGUAUACGUACAGUAAAUAACUAGCUAACUGCACGUCACAGUUGCGCUGGAUAACAGUUGAUCCGAACAAAGGUGCUCAGUUUUUUUUAUAGUCGGGGAGAGGAAACUCAUGCCGGACCCCAACUUGGUGCCAUUUUAGCAACACCCCCAAAAAAUCAGCAAAACUGAAAUGGUGAAAAACAAUUAAACACUACAUCUCCAGAAUUGAGUACUACAUUGAUCUCAUGCAUUGUAGGUUGAUUGAAAUUGCCCUUAGGUGUGAAUGUGUGCACAAGUAGUUGUUUGUUUAUAUGCGCCCUGCGAUUCGCUGGCGACCAGUUCAGGGUCUACCCCGCCUCUCGCCCAAAGAUUGCUGGGAUAGGCUCCAGCACGCCCGCAGAAGAUGAAGGAAGAUUGUUCUCAGACUUUUGCAGACAUUCAUUCAUUCAUUCAUCUUCAGUUCCGUAGCUCCUCACCAGGGUCGCGGGCGUUCUGGAGCCUAUCCCAGCCAACUUCGGGCGAGAGGCGAGGUACACCCUGAGCUGGUUGCCAGCCAAUCGCAGGACACUUUUGCAGACAUUUCCAGCAAUUAUCUUCAAACUUGUAUAAUGUAUCAAGAAACAAAUCUCAAAAUUCACUUUAGAGGGUCUUAAAAUUCCCCCACUAAAACCUUAAAGCCUAUCUACAGUCCUAGAAACCACAACUACAUCCCAUAAAUCCCCCUUCUGCAUGCAUCCUGCCCUCCCCUACAACAGUGAUGCCAUGAGAUACGAGUGACCCGACUUCGCAAUUUUUCAAGAUGCGAGGCAUUGUUUGGAGAUUUUUUAUUAUUAUUUUAUUUUAUUUUAUUUUUUUGCUUUGACAUGCAAGCAACAUUUGAGAUACGAGCGGUAUAUGGUAACAGCGAACUCAACUCACUUCACAACAAGCAGCAAUUUGGCAGAUAGUGAACAAUUCUUCAAAAAAGAAGCUUCAAGCUGUUUAAUGUCACUCGCAGUUAGUUUAUUGUCGGAUUAAACAUAAAGUAAAGACAAUUACACUUCUUGUAUUUAAAACAAGCACGUAGCUUUAAGUCUGUUAGCUAAGUGCUAAUACAAUGGAAAACACCAAUGACAAGCUAAUAAAUAGCAUCUAUGUAGCAGUGUUAUUAAGUAAAGAAUAUUUGAACACAAAUAGGGCAGCAACACGUAGACGAUAUAACAAUACUCACAGGCAAAUAUUCUUUAUCCUCUGCGAAGAACGACUAAUAUUACAGCAGCUGAGUCACGGUAGUUGUGAAACUUUUCCUCGUUUCUGUGUGCAUGACUGUAUUAUACUGCCAUCCAGUGGCCAAGUUGCACACAACAGAAAGAGCUGUGACAAAUUAAUUGUGAUGCACAAACUGUUAAAUUCUUUACAUUCUAUUUCAUUAUGUUAUUACCAUGUUAUUAUAGUGCAAUACAGUAGGUAAUAGUUGUAAGUGUAAGUGUUCUACUUCAUUAUGUUAUUGCGAUGUUUUUAUAGUACAAUGCAGUAGGUAAUAGUAGUAAGUGUAAAAGUGUAAGUAAGUACAAUAUUAUAGAGUGCUGUUUAACCUGUUAAAAACAUUUAAAAUAUUUUCAGUUUGUUUCUUUUUUUUAUCAGGUAGGAACAGAUUAACGGCCUUUCAAUGAAUUUCAAUGGGGAAAGAUGAUUUGAGAUGCCAGUGUUUUGAGUUACCCACGUGGCCACGGAACGAAUCGAAAUUGUAUCUCAAGACAUCACUGUACAUCCUAUACGUUCCCCUCGUCCCGUCCGGCACCACGUCGGCGUGCCCACAAGAUUCCACUAUGCCCUGCAGCGACGCAUCAUGGCAUCAAUGCACUCUUGUCGCCAUGGCAACACAGCCGUCCGGCCUGUAGUUUUUAACUCUCCUCUAUCUCCAUUUAAAAAAAAAAAAAAAAACACAUAACAAAAUCCAUUCAUCCAUUUUCCAUACUGCUUAUCCCAUUAGGGUCGCAGGCGCGCUGGCGCCUAUCCCAGCUAACUUUGGCCGAGAGGCGGGGUACACCCUGGACUGGUCGUCAGCCCAUCGCAGACAUAACAAAAUAUGUAAAAUAAAAUACAACGAUUGGCUGUGAAAACAAAGUCAUUUGUAACUUGAAUCCGCAAACUGUAUAAAUGUACAUAUGCAGUAUACAUAUACUUAUUACAUAAACAUACAUGUAGUGUACAUGAGUGUGUGUGUGUGAGCCUAGUUUGUUUUUGUAUUAAAAAAAGAAGAUUUUUUAUUAUUUAUUAUAGAUGUCAUUCAUAUUCUCUGAGUGGCAACCAUAUUGGGUUAUAUGAGUGUGUGUGUGUAUGUUUUCUUAUCUCUUCCUUCAGCCUGGUGACGCCCAGAUGACGGUAAAGAUGUGGCGCGCAAAUAAAAAAAACAUUUUAAAAAAAGGCUCGGUGUUGUGCUGGUGUCAUAGAAAUCAAAAUAAUCUCACAAAUGUGUGUGCGUGUACGAUGACAUGCAUACAAGCAAACGUGGAUUGUUGUUUUCAAAUAAAUGGAAAUGGAACAAGA